AUGAGCACCGCGAUAGCUUCUGCCACAGUGCAAGAAACAAGUCGAACACCACACCGUGCACUUCUUGCCCGUAUUCCUACGGACGGUCAAAGCGCCUGGCAGCUAUCUCAUUCUCACUCGCUCCCCACUCUUUCCGAGGAUCAAGUGCUCAUCAGAACGUCGUAUGUCGCACUGAACCCUUUCGACUGGCAAGGCGUGGAAUUCAAGUAUGGUAUUGGAGAGAAAGCAAAGGUAAUGGGAAGGGAUGGUGCCGGCGAUAUCGUAGCCAUUGGCAGAAAAGUAGAAAGGUUUAAACUUGGUGACAGAGUGUGGUUCUGUGCCAAUUCUUCAGCUUCAGACACCGGCGCUUUUCAGGAAUACUCUGUACACUCGGCGUCGGAAAUUGGUCACACACCGAAUCACCUAUCGGAUCAAGCAGCAGCCACUCUCGGCACAGGUCUUAUUACCGCUGGUGUUGCACUAUUCCGGACCCUGGGCUUGUCUAUAAACUCGCUAAGCGUAUCAACUAAGGCGACCCGGAAAGAGAACGCGCCUUGGGUGCUCAUAUGGGGUGGAGCUGGAAUUACCGGUGUUUACCUCAUCGAGCUUGCCCGUUUAUUGGGAUACCGUGUGAUAUGUUCUGCAUCUCCUGCAAACCACGAGUACGUGAGGUCCCUAGGGGCGGAUGUAGUGCUAGACCGUUGGUCGAAUCCGAAAGAGUUAGUGGAGACAAUCAGGAAGGAAACGAAAGACCAAGUACACAUUGCAAUCGACAAUGUUGGAGGAGCCACUGCUGCUCUGUGUCGCCAAGUAUUACAAGGCUCCUUAUCAUGGCGAUCAAACAACAACGUAGCAAUGGAUGAGGAUGACAAACUACCGGCAGAACUUGUCCCUAUUGCUGGAUCACCCAAAGAUACCGAUGAUAACGGAGACUCCAUCCGAGAAGUCACUUCGCUGCGCAUCAGCUUCUCGACCACCUUUUAUGGACAUCCUGAAUUCUCUGAAGCCCUACUUGACCGUUACGAUAAGCUUUUGGAGGCGAGACUGCUCACUCCAGCUCGGAUUAGAUUAGUCGAUGGGGGACUGUACGGGAUAGAAAAGGGCUUAGAAGAUCUGCGUCAUGGCCGUGUACCUGGAGGAUACAAAUUAGUAGCUCGACUUGCAGACACCCCUGAGCCGACGACUAUCAAUGUGCAGCGACAGAGACAGGAUGAUGAUGCUCAAGUGGGUGCGAAACGGACGUGGGAGAUACAAGAUGUUGUGAGAGAGCAACGUACGGCCAAGAGGUUCAAGGACGAUGUGUCGUCGCCACAGGAGGAAGCGGAAGUUGAGCCUGGACCUCGAUCGACACGGUCGGCAAUCAUCGCAUGA